AUGUUCAGCCUACCUGCGUCCGUCGUACUCGAUGCUUUUCUGUGCGCUUGUGCCAUCUUCGUCGGCGGAUACCUGCUUUCGACCAGACUUAAUACUUUGAAGAAAAAGGACUCGACAAUUCUGACAGGAGGAUUACCCGAUCCGGAUCCCCUGCAUGACUUUGACUUAGAAACAGCGACUACACGAAAUCAUUUGUACGUAAAUAAGACAGUACGAUGGCCAUAUUAUCAAACUAUGUCACACCAGCCAAUGCACAUCAAUGACUGGAUUGAGAUUGACAAGGACCUUAAGUGGUACAUCGAGCAGAAGACACGAGUAAUCAACGAACAGGGUACUCUUACCUCAGGAAAACAUGUAAUUGAUUCUCUACCAGAGAAUGAUGCCGCUUGUGGCGAGCUGCUGGAGAUCCUCGUCGACUACCUGCCUAAGCGCUAUCCCACGCUCUUUGAGAAACUCGCGUCAAAAAGUGGACAGGUCGGGAUAUGGAAUAAGGUGACCGAUGAUAAGUUCGAAAAGACAAACGGUUUGGAAGGCGUAGACGCUUUAAAGAUCUGUUCAAGACUUGUCGAAGAUGACUUUUUAAUGGCUCGCGAACGCGAAGAUGGGCAUGUGUACUUUGUUGGAGGCCUUGUUGCAUUUCCUGGGUUUUAUCUCCUUUCCAAAAAGAUCAAUAAAUCUCUUCAUGAUGCUCAUGCGCCAGUCCCUUACUUUAACCAGAAGCUACUCGUUAGCGUCGAGCGAACACUCAAGCGCUUCGCACCGAACGAGCCGUUUGAAAGGACAAGUUGGGAGAUCGUUGAUGAUCGGGACUUAUUCUUCCACAAUAUCGCAACGCUUGAAGGUGGCGAUGCGAAACUUCCAGACAAAUUACAUCCAAAGGACUUGUUCUUCCGUGUCGAUCACCAGACCUUCCGGAAGCUGCCACGCACGAAAGGCAUAAUUUUUGGCGUGCAUCCAAUCAUGAAGCGGUUGGAAGACUUCGCAGAUAGUCCGCUCGUCCCUGCCUUGCUCGCAAAGAUACACGAGGAGGGUGACAGGACUCUUAUGGACUACAAGCUCGCACCUCUUUAUCAAGAUCGCAUGCUACCUUAUUUACGUGAGCUCACUGCUCGGCAAAUGGAGAAGGGCCUCAUCCGGUGA